GAGACCAGUUCAGUUAUUAAAGGAAGGCUUUUGCGGUGCGCAACUUUGGAAAAUCCUAUAUUUUGGAGAGUAAAUACAUCCGCUUGAGUAAAAUGGCUUCUUUCAGAGGAGUUGGUCUUCUUUUACUGGUGACCGUCACAUCAAUCGGUGUCUUUUGACCGACUAACUGCCGCUCUCAGAAUAAAGUUUCACAUGGUGCACUUUAUCCUGAAGCAGCAAAGCGCGCUACGGGAGUCAGAAAUGAAAGCAGGACCGACACUAUUCUGCGCAUUUUGCUUUGGGAAGUAUUUCAAAUGGCUUGACACACGAGUCCUUUUUCGCUUUUGAUCUGUGGCUGCAACAGAUAACAGCGCGCUCGGACGGACUUUCGGUUACCAUUACGCACAUUUUGCUUUUGGAUAGGCGACUGAAGCUCCAAGCCAGACAAACUCCGGACUCCGGAGAGCACAGUGGGACAACAUCAUGACCAGCUGCUGGCUUGCCUUGGUCGGAUUGUGGUGGAGCGCUUAUUACUGCAUGUUCCCGGUCGCGGGGAGUAAUUAUUCACUGGAUGGGAACAACGAGGUGCACCCGGGUUUCAUCCACCGGAGGCUGCGGACGCACGAGAAGAGGGAGAUGCAGAAGGAGAUCCUGUCCAUCCUCGGGCUGCCCCACAGGCCAAGACCGCAUCUGUCACAUGGAAAGUACAACUCCGCUCCACUUUUCAUGUUGGACUUAUACAACACCAUAUCUAGUGAAGAGAAAAGCCAAGUGGAAGGCAUGCUGGACCGAUACCACUACAUGCGGACGACUCAGAGCCCUCCUCUGGCCACAUAUCAAGAAACCGCCUUUCUAAAUGAUGCAGAUAUGGUGAUGAGCUUCGUUAAUUUAGUGGAGUACGACAGGGAGCUCUCUCCACAGCGGCGUCACCACAAGGAGUUUAAGUUCAACCUCUCGCAGAUCCCCGAGGGCGAGGCCAUCACCGCAGCCGAGUUUCGCCUCUACAAGGAGUGUGUGAGCCGCGCCUUCCGCAACGACACCUUCCUGCUCAAAGUCUACCAGGUGGUCAAGGAGCACCCUGACAGAGAGGCCGACCUUUUCCUGCUGGAGUCUCGCAGGCUGUGGGCUGCUGAAGAGGGCUGGCUGGAGUUUGACAUCACCACCACCAGCAACCUGUGGGUGAUGAGCCCAGUGCACAACCUAGGCCUGCAGAUCAGCGUGGAGACCAGCAGUGGGCAGAGCAUCAGCUCCAAAGAGGCGGGGCUCGUUGGGCGUGACGGCGCGCUGGAGAAGCAGCCCUUCAUGGUGGCGUUCUUUAAAGUCAGCGAAGUGCACAUCCGCACCGCCCGCUCCCCUGGCGGCGGCAAACGUCGCCAGCAGAACCGCAACCGAUCCACCCAACCACAGGAUGGAUCCAGAGGGCCCGGCCCAGCAGAUUAUAACAGCAGCGAUCAGAAGACAGCCUGCAGAAGACAUGAACUCUACGUCAGCUUCCGAGAGCUGGGCUGGCAGGACUGGAUCAUUGCUCCUGAAGGCUACGCAGCCAACUACUGUGACGGAGAGUGCUCCUUCCCCCUCAACGCCCACAUGAACGCCACCAACCACGCCAUUGUACAGACACUGGUGCACCUGAUGAACCCCGAGAACGUCCCGAAGCCAUGCUGCGCCCCCACCAAGCUCCACGCCAUUUCAGUGCUCUACUUCGACGACAACUCCAACGUCAUAUUAAAGAAAUACAAGAACAUGGUGGUGCGCGCCUGCGGCUGCCACUGACACCGUCGAGGUAGCGGUAGUGCUUCAUUUAAAGUUGGGUUGGCAAAGGGCUGCAAAUCCAAGGUGAGGUUGACCUCAACUGGACACCGGUCUCCUGCUCACAUCCUCAGCCUGCAAGCCUGCACGUCUGCCUGAAAAGAUCAUUUACAUGUUUGAUUUAAGUAAUCUUGGACAAUUCAAACAAUGCAUCUGCCCACAUGAACAGUUUAUCUUUGAAAGUUAAAAAGCAAGGAUUUAAACUUAAGGGGACCGUUGUAAAAAACUUCACCCCACUCCAGCGUUGAGCCACCAAGUUGUCUAUCACCUUCUCUAUCGGCUGUGGAGAGGACUCUUCACUUCAUGGGUCUGCAAGUGAGUGAAUGACUGUGUGUAUGUGGGGAGGAGGGAGUGUUUAAGUUUGUAUAUUAUGUGUUUAUGGAAGUGUGCGUAUGUGCGCCAACGAGGCUACUGCACCUUCUCCCUCACUUGUGAGGGCGAGGGCAAAACUGAACUGUCGUGGUACCAGUCAGAGUGCUGCUUUCUUUCCCUUCUCCUCUCCGACAAAGAAAAAAACUACGCUGGAUCAGUUCUCAGAAGAAGCUUGUGUAAUUAUUGAUGAACAACUCUACAGCGCAUGACCCCGGGGAAGAAAUCCAACAGUACCCAACGACAUAUACAUAUACAUGAGUCAAAUCAGUACAAAUGUGAUUGGGGUUAGAAGAUUCAUAUUUCCUUCCUCUUCCCUAAUGUAUUUUCUCCUCAAGCCAUAUUUGCCUUCCUAAAAUAUAAUAUGGACUGAACCAAAGUGACCGCAGGCUACUUUAGCAGUGCACUGCUCCAAAUAUCCCCUCAGUGUCAAUAUUUGCCGGGCUCACGCUGAGCUGCGAUUCACCAGGCUGGUUCAACAUGAUGCAUGUUGUGGCUAAACUGAUGUUUUUCUCCAAAGAACCGAAGAAUACAGCCUUAUCCCUCCGACAUACCGCAAAUGGCCAUUUCCAUGUUGCUGCACUCACAAAGUUAACAAACGCUUCAACCCCUGACAACCCAUCAAGAGAUUGUGGAAAAACAUUUUGCGAGUCAAAAACAGCCGGCAGGACGGUUUCUGUGCCAGCUGUCUGAAAUAGCCCUUUUGCUUUUUCAACCCUAAGGGUAAACUUGUGUUGAGAUUUGUGUCCGGUGGCAACGUCUUUCCAAUUGAACUUGUUACUGUGAGUCUUGAGUUCAGUGUCUUUGAAUGACGUGGAGUCUUUUAGAGAACAUAUUUUAAUGAAAAACUAAUACCAAUAAGAAUCUAAAUACCUUACGUGCCUAACCAAUCAUAAAUUACAAAAUAUACCUCUGGUAAGCUGCUGUUUACAUUUGUGAU